AGGCGGCAGGCAGCAGGGCAAUCAUCGUCAGCCAGCCAGGCAGGCAUCAGACUGCACGACAUGACCAGCGUGCUAGCUAGUCUCCUGCCUGCGCCCAAGUAUGUAUCAAGCGAGCCAGCGGCAGUCGACGACGCUCUGCCCGCAGCCAUAGAGCAGACACUCGCUCUACGAUCACAGGUACCAAGCUACGGUCAUCGUGCCUCAUGGCGACCCUCCAAAGCAGACGACUUUGGCGAUGGCGGCGCCUAUCCUGAAUGCCACAUCGCUCAAUUUCCUCUCGACCUUGGGCGGAAGAAACAUUCCUCCAGUGGGAACACGCUGGCUCUACAGGUUGACGCAGAGGGAAAGGUGAGAUACGAUGCGAUCGCCCACCAAGGCCACCGCGAUGGCCGGAUCAUUCAGUCCCAGUUCAAGGAUCUCAUCCCGAUGGCACACCGGACCGACAUCAACAAUGCCGAGAUGGAGCGACCGAGCGAGGAGGAAGUGCUGUCGACGGCCGAAAAGACAAGACUCGCGCUCGAAAAGAUUACCCAGUCAAAGAUCAAAGCCGCCCAGCCAGCUUCCGGCAUACAGAAGCAAGGCAAGGAGUCCUUCAUCCGUUACACGCCUGCAUCGGGCACGGCCGGUCAGCAGCGUAUCAUCAGGAUGUCCGAGGUCGUCGAGGAUCCGCUCGAGCCGCCACGGUUCAAGCAUAGAAAGAUCCCAAGAGGGCCGCCCUCGCCUCCUGCGCCCAUCCUACGCUCGCCACCACGCAAGAUCACACCGCAGGAUGUCUCAGACUGGAUGAUACCUCCCUGUAUCUCCAAUUGGAAGAACAACAAGGGCUACACCAUCCCGCUCGACAAGCGAUUGGCUGCAGACGGCAGAGGUCUGCAAGAUGUACAUAUCAAUGAUCGUUUCGCUACACUCUCGGAAUCGCUCUAUCUCGCCGAUCGUCACGCGAGAGAGGAGGUCCGGCAGCGAUCACAACUCCAGCAAGCGAUUGCGCAAAAGGAGAAGCAGGCCAAAGAGGAGAAUUUGCGACAGCUCGCUCAGAGAGCACGGGAUCAGCGAUCCGGACUCCCCGCGACAAGCACGGCUGGUCGUGUAGCAGGCACAGGAGGCGCAUUACCUGCUGCUCUGGCGGGCUAUGGAUCCGAUUCAGAUUCCGACGAAGCAGAGCAGGCCGUUGCUACCAAACCCCGUGCCGCGUCCGAGUCAGACGAUGAUGAGGAGGAUGAGGAAGAGAUCAGGAAGCGAGAGCAAAUGAGAGCAGAGCGACGCAAAGAGCGCGAGCGCGAGCUCAGGAUGAACAACAUGGGUACCGAACAGCGGGCGCGUGUGAUGGCCAGGCAAGUCAUUUCUGUAUCGUCAGCAGCCUUCGCUGACAUAUCUUUGAUGUGCAGAGCACAAGGUAGGGAUAUAUCGGAAAAGAUUGCGCUCGGUCUAGCCAAACCGACAUUGUCCAAAGAAUCCAUGCUCGACUCUCGCUUGUUCAAUCAAGAAUCACUGCCAUCUGGCUUUGCAGAUGAUGACUCAUAUAAUCUGUAUGACCGACCGCUCUUCCAGGGCUCGAAUGCAGCAGCAGCAAUCUAUAAGCCUUUGCAAGAUUCGCAGGACGACGAGGCUUACGGCGGCGGCAACGAAGAAGGCAUCAAGAAGGCCCUCAACAACGACCGAUUCGGUCUCGGCGUCGCCCGCAAGGGCUUCGAGGGUGCAGACUUGCAAGAAACGCGCACGGGUCCAGUUCAAUUUGAGAAGGACACGACGGCAGAUCCCUUUGGCGUGUCGGCUUUCCUUGACGAAGCCAAGAAGGGCAGCAAGCGCGGUCUCGAUCAGGAUGAGGCGAGCAGGAAGAAGCCACGCGAUUGA